GAGCAGCUCCGCCGCGGGGACUGCACCGCCCGCCCUGCCGGACCCGCCCCGACCGGGGCUCGCCGCCUGCAGCAGCCUCAGCACCGCGACCUCGGGCCCCGCGCCGGCUAUGGCUGUGCCCUGGGGCUGAGCGCGCAGACAGUGUGACCGAGAUUCCCAAGAGAUAGCCUGAGGAGAGAAGAGGAAGGAGGGGCGGGCUCCUGGCAAGGCAUCCGCUCCUGACCCAAGUCCUGCGAAGAUGGAGAAAGAGGAGGAGACGACCCGGGAGCUGCUGCUGCCCAACUGGCAGGGCAGCGGCUCCCACGGGCUGACCAUCACCCAGAGGGAUGACGGCGUCUUUGUGCAGGAGGUGAUGCAGAACUCCCCUGCGGCCCGCACUGGGGUGGUCAAGGAGGGGGACCAGAUUGUGGGUGCCACCAUCUACUUUGACAACCUGCAGUCGGGUGAGGUGACCCAACUGCUGAACACCAUGGGCCACCACACCGUGGGCCUGAAGCUGCAUCGCAAGGGGGACCGGUCCCCUGAGCCUGGCCAGACCUGGACCCACGAGGUCUUCAGUUCCCACAGCUCCGAAGUGGUUCUGAGCGGGGAUGACGAGGAGUACCAGCGCAUCUACACCACGAAGAUCAAGCCUCGGCUGAAGUCAGAGGAUGGAGUGGAAGGGGAUGCUGGGGAGACCCAGAGCCGCACCAUCACGGUGACCAGGAGGGUCACGGCCUACACUGUGGAUGUGACAAGCCGUGAAGGCGCCAAGGACAUUGACAUCAGCAGCCCAGAGUUCAAGAUCAAGAUCCCACGGCAUGAAUUGACCGAAAUCUCCACUGUGGAUGUGGAGACCCAGCCUGGGAAGACAGUGAUCAGACUGCCCUCGGGCUCAGGGGCUGGGUCUCCCACCACAGGCUCCAGCGUGGACAUCCAAGCAGGGUCCAUUUCCGCUGUGGGCCCAGAGUUGCCAGGGGCUGGCCACUCGAAGAUCCAGGUCACCGUGCCUGGGGUAAAGGUGGGAAGCCCGGGUGUCAGUGUCAAUGCCAAGGGCUUGGACUUGGGUAGCAAAGGAGGGAUCCAAGUCCCAGGGGUAGACGUUUCAUCCUCUCUUGGGGGCGGGGCAGUAGAGGGACAAGGCCCAUGUCUUGACGGGAAGAUUAAAUUUCCCACCAUGAAGGUGCCAAAAUUUGGUGUCUCAGUGGGGCCUGAGGGCCAGGCCCCCGAGGCAGGGUUGAGCGUUUCCCCCCCUGAACUCUCUGUGGGGCACAAAGGUGGCAAACCAGGCUUGACCGUUGGUGGAAGCAUCCAGACCCCUCAGCUCAAAGUCAGCACUCCCUCUGCCAAUAUUGAGGGGCUUGAGGGGAAGUUGAAGGGUCCCCAGAUCACUGGGCCCUCCGUUGAGGGUGGCCUAGGCCUGAAAGGUGCCAAGCCACAGGGGAGUUUAGGGGUGGACAUCUCUGUGCCCCAAAUUGAGGGCAGCAUCUCUGGCUCCAGGGUGGAAGUUCAAGCUCCUGACAUUGACAUUCAUGGGCCUGGGGGCAAAGUGAGUGUGCCCAAGGUGAAGGGCCCCCAGCUCUCUGUAUCGGGUUCUAAGGGAGACAGGCCUGGCAUUGAUGUGGCACUGCCCACAGGGGAAGUGACGCUUCCUGGGGUCUCUGGGAAUGUCGACCUGCCUGAGGUCGCUUCUGGGGAUCUGGAAGGGAAGCUGAGGGGUCCUAAAUUCAAGCCUCCUGAAAUGACUAUUCAGAAGCCCAAAAUCUCCAUGCAGGAUGUGGAUCUGAGCCUUGGGUCCUCUAAAUUGAAAGGAGACAUUAAGGUUUCUGCUCCUGGGGUGCAAGGUGAUGUUAAAGGCCCUCAAGUGGCAGUUAAAGGUGCCAAAGUGGACAUAGAGACACCCAGCCUAGAGGGAACCAUGACUGGCCCCAAACUUAGUGGUCCUUCUGGGAAAGCAGGAGCCUGCAGUAUCUCUAUGGCAGACGUAGAUUUGAAUGUGGCUGCGCCAAAAGUGAAAGGGGGUGUUGAUGUUAUGCUUCCAAAAGUAGAGGGGAAAGUCAGUGUCCCUGAAGUUGAUGUCAAAGGCCCCAAAGUGGAUGUGAGUGCCCCAGAUGUGGAAGUUCAUGGUCUGGACUGGAAUCUGAAAAUGCCCAAGAUGAAAAUGCCCAAGUUCAGCACUCCAGGAGUCAAAGGGGAAGGGCCAGAUGUAGAUGUGAGUCUCCCCAAAGGUGAUGUCAGUAUUUCAGGGCCCAAGGUCAAUGUGGAUGCCCCAAAUGUCAAUAUCGGGGGCCUGGCAGGCAACCUUAAAGGCCCUGAUGUUCAGCUGCCUGAAGUGAGUGUCAAGACACCAAAGCUCUCCAUUCCUGAUGUGGAUUUGCAUGUGAAAGGCCCCAAAGUAAAAGGAGAGUAUGAUGUAACAGCACCAACACUUGAAGGAGAGCUGAAAGGUCCCAGAGUGGCCAUCGAUGUCCCAGAUGUGGAUGUCCAGGGCCCAGACUGGCACCUGAAGAUGCCCAAGAUGAAAAUGCCCAAGUUCACUGUUCCAGGGUUCAAAGCAGAGGGCCCUGAAGUCAAUGUAAACCUGCCUAAGCCUGAUGUGGACCUUUCUGGGCCCAAGGUAGAUGUCAGUGUUCCAGAUGUGAGUAUUGAGGGACCAGAGGGGAAACUGAAAGGACCCAAGUUUAAGAUGCCUGAGAUGAAUAUCAAAGCACCAAAGAUUUCCAUACCAGAUGUGGACUUACACUUGAAAGGCCCGAGUGUAAAAGGAGAAUACGAUGUCACAGUGCCAAAGGUUGAAGGUGAGAUGAAAGUUCCUGAUGUUGAACUUAAGAGUGCCAAAGUGGACAUUGAUGCCCCAGAUGUGGAUGUUCAUGGCCCAGACUGGCACCUGAAGAUGCCCAAGAUGAAAAUGCCCAAGUUCAGCAUGCCUGGCUUCAAAGGAGAGGGCCCGGAAGUGGAUGUGAACCUGCCCAAGACUGACAUUGAUAUUGCUAAACCCAAGGUGGAUGUUGAAGGUCCAGAUGUGAAUAUUGAAGGACCUGAAGGAAAGCUAAAGGGUCCCAAGUUUAGGAUGCCAGAGAUGAAUAUCAAGGCCCCCAAGAUCUCCAUGCCUGAUGUAGAUCUGCAUAUGAAAGGUCCCAAGGUAAAGGGGGAAUAUGAUGUUACAGUGCCAAAGCUGGAAGGGGACCUGAAGGGGCCCAAAGUAGACCUCACUGCACCAGAUGUUGACGUUCAUGGUCCCGACUGGAACCUGAAGAUGCCAAAGAUGAAGAUGCCCAAAUUCACCAUGCCCAGCCUUAAAGGAGAGGGCCUGGAACUGGAUAUGAAUCUGCCCAAGGCGGAUCUUGACAUUUCUGCACCAAAGGUAGAUAUUAGUGCUCCAGAUCUGAGCCUUGAAGGGCCAGAAGGAAAGUUGAAAGGCCCCAAGUUUAAGAUGCCUGAGAUGCACUUCAGAGCUCCUAAGAUGACCCUGCCAGAUGUUGACAUGGAUCUUAAAGGACCCAAAAUGAAAGGCAGUCUCGAUGUGUCUGCACCAAAAAUAGAAGGUGAGAUGAAAGCUCCAGAGGUGGACAUCAAAGGCCCCAAAUUAGAUGUUAAAGCACCAGAUGUGGAAGUUCAGGGUGCAGACUGGAGUCUGAAGAUGCCCAAGAUGAAAAUGCCUAAAUUCAGCAUGCCAGGCUUCAAAGGCCAGGGUCCAGAUGUGGACGUGAACCUGCCUAAGGCUGACAUUGAUGUCUCUGGGCCAAAGGUGGACAUUGAAGCCCCAGAUGUGAGCCUUGAGGGGCCUGAAGGAAAACUCAAGGGUCCCAAGUUUAAGAUGCCUGAGAUGCACAUCAAGGCCCCCAAGCUCUCCAUGCCUGAUGUGGACUUAAACUUGAAAGGCCCCAAAGUCAAAGGGGAUGUGGAUGUGUCUGUGCCCAAGAUAGAAGGUGAAAUGAAAGUGCCAGAUGUGGACAUCAAAGGCCCCAAAGUGGACGUCGAUGUCCCAGAUGUGGAUGUCGAGGGCCCAGACUGGCACCUGAAGAUGCCCAAGGUGAAAAUGCCCAAGUUCAGCAUGCCUGGCUUUAAAGGAGAGGGCCCUGAGGUGGAUGUGAAUCUGCCUAAAGCUGACAUUGACAUCUCUGGCCCCAAGGUGGACAUUGAAGCCCCAGAUGUGAGCCUUGAGGGGCCUGAAGGAAAGCUCAAGGGUCCCAAGUUCAAGAUGCCCGAGAUGCACUUCAAGGCUCCCAAGAUCUCCAUGCCGGAUGUGGACUUAAACUUGAAGGGCCCUAAAGUCAAAGGGGAUGUGGAUGUGUCUGUGCCCAAGAUAGAAGGUGAAAUGAAAGUGCCAGAUGUGGACAUCAAAGGCCCCAAAGUGGACAUCGAUGUCCCUGAUGUGGACGUUCAAGGCCCUGACUGGCACCUGAAGAUGCCCAAGAUGAAAAUGCCUAAAUUUAGCGUGCCUGGCUUCAAAGGAGAGGGCCCUGAGGUGGAUGUGAAUCUGCCUAAAGCUGACAUUGACAUCUCUGGGCCAAAGGUGGACAUUGAAGCCCCAGAUGUGAGCCUUGAGGGGCCAGAAGGAAAGCUCAAGGGUCCUAAGUUUAAGAUGCCUGAGAUGCACUUCAAAACUCCAAAGAUCUCCAUGCCUGACAUUGAUUUAAACCUCAAGGGCCCCAAGAUGAAAGGGGACGUGGAUGUUUCUCUGCCCAAAGUUGAAGGGGAUCUGAAAGGGCCAGAUGUGGACAUCAAAGGCCCCAAAGUGGACGUUGAUAUCCCAGAUGUAGAUGUUCAAGGCCCAGACUGGCACCUGAAGAUGCCCAAGAUAAAAAUGCCCAAGUUCAGCAUGCCUGGCUUCAAAGGAGAGGGCCCAGAAGUGGAUGUGAAUCUGCCCAAGGCCGACAUAGACAUCUCGGGACCGAAGGUGGAUGUUGAAGUUCCAGAUGUGAACAUUGAAGGUCCCAAUGCAAAAGUAAAAGGUCCUAAAUUUAAAUUGCCAGAAAUGAAUAUAAAGCCUCAGAAGAUAUCCAUGCCAGAUGUCAGUCUGCAUUUGAAAGGCCCUAAAAUGAAAGGAGAUUAUGAUGUUACAGUUCCAAAAGUAGAAGGAGAGAUUAAAGCCCCUGAUAUUGACAUUAAAGGUCCAAAAGUGGACAUUAAUGCACCAGAUGCAGGAGUUCAUGGCCCAGACUGGCACCUGAAGAUGCCCAAGGUGAAAAUGCCCAAGUUCAGCAUGCCUGGCUUCAAAGGAGAGGGCCCAGAAGUGGAUGUGAACUUGCCCAAGGCUGACAUUGACAUCUCAGGACCCAAGGUGGACAUUGAUGCCCCAGAUGUAAAUAUUGAAGGUCCAGAGGGGAAACUAAAGGGCCCCAAAUUCAAGAUGCCAAGCAUGCAUAUACAGACGCACAAAAUCUCUAUGCCUGAUGUUGGACUUAAUCUGAAAUCCUCUAAACUUAAAACUGAUGUAGAUGUUUCUCUUCCUAAAGUGGAAGGAGACUUGAAAGGUCCUGGAAUUGAUGUGAAAGCCCCCCAAAUGGAUGUGGAUGUUGGUGAUAUAGAUAUUGAAUGUCCAGAAGGAAAGCUUAAGGGGCCCAAGUUUAAGAUGCCCGAGAUGCACUUCAAGGCUCCCAAGAUCUCAAUGCCGGAUGUGAACUUAAACUUGAAAGGCCCCAAAGUCAAAGGGGAUGUGGAUGUGUCUGUGCCCAAGAUAGAAGGUGAAAUGAAAGUGCCAGAUGUGGACAUCAGAGGCCCCAAAGUGGACGUUGAUGUCCCUGAUGUCGAUGUCAAAGGCCCUGACUGGCACCUGAAGAUGCCCAAGGUGAAAAUGCCCAAGUUCAGCAUGCCUGGCUUUAAAGGAGAGGGCCCAGAAGUGGAUGUGAAUCUGCCUAAAGCUGACAUUGACAUCUCUGGCCCCAAGGUGGACAUUGAAGCCCCAGAUGUGAGUCUUGAGGGGCCAGAAGGAAAAUUGAAAGGCUCUAAAUUUAAGAUGCCUAAGUUGAAUAUCAAAGCUCCCAAGAUCUCCAUGCCAGAUGUGGACUUGAAUUUGAAGGGACCGAAACUGAAAGGAGAGAUGGAUGUUUCUGUGCCAGAACUAGAAGGUGAUCUCAAAGGUCCUCAAGUUGACAUCAAAGGUCCCAGUGUGGAUGUGGAGGUGCCUGAUGUUGAUCUGGAGUGUCCUGAUGCAAAGUUGAAAGGCCCUAAAUUUAAGAUGCCUGAGAUGCAUUUCAAGGCCCCCAAGAUCUCCAUGCCUGAUGUGGACUUACACUUGAAAGGCCCCAAAGUCAAAGGGGAUUUGGAUGUGUCUGUGCCAAAAUUGGAGGGAGAUUUGAAAGGCCCCAGUGUGGAUGUGGAGGUGCCUGAUGUUGAUCUGGAGUGUCCUGAUACAAAGUUGAAAGGCCCUAAGUUUAAGAUGCCUGAGAUGCACUUCAAGGCUCCCAAGAUCUCCAUGCCUGAUGUGGACUUAAACUUGAAGGGCCCCAAAGUUAAAGGGGAUGUGGAUGUGUCUGUGCCCAAGAUAGAAGGUGAAAUGAAAGUGCCAGAUGUGGACAUCAAAGGCCCCAAAGUGGACGUUGAUGUUCCAGACAUGGAUGUACAGGGCCCAGACUGGCACCUGAAGAUGCCCAAGAUGAAAAUGCCUAAAUUCAGCAUGCCAGGCUUCAAAGGCCAGGGUCCAGAUGUGGACAUGAACCUGCCCAAGGCUGACAUUGAUGUCUCUGGGCCAAAGGUGGACAUUGAAGCCCCAGAUGUGAGCCUUGAGGGGCCUGAAGGAAAGCUCAAGGGUCCCAAGUUUAAGAUGCCCGAGAUGCACUUCAAGGCUCCCAAGAUCUCCAUGCCUGAUGUGGACUUAAACUUGAAAGGCCCCAAAGUCAAAGGGGAUGUGGAUGUGUCUGUGCCCAAGAUAGAAGGUGAAAUGAAAGUGCCAGAUGUGGACAUCAAAGGCCCCAAAGUGGACGUUGAUGUCCCAGACGUGGAUGUUGAGGGCCCAGACUGGCACCUGAAGAUGCCCAAGAUGAAAAUGCCCAAGUUCAGCAUGCCUGGCUUCAAAGGAGAGGGCCCUGAGGUGGAUGUGAAUCUGCCUAAAGCUGACAUUGACAUCUCUGGCCCCAAGGUGGACAUUGAAGCCCCAGAUGUGAGCCUUGAGGGGCCUGAAGGAAAGCUCAAGGGUCCUAAGUUUAAGAUGCCUGAGAUGCACUUCAAGGCUCCCAAGAUCUCCAUGCCUGAUGUGGACUUAAACUUGAAGGGCCCUAAAGUCAAAGGGGAUGUGGAUGUGUCUGUGCCCAAGAUAGAAGGUGAAAUGAAAGUGCCAGAUGUGGAUAUCAAAGGCCCCAAAGUGGACAUCGAUGUCCCUGAUGUGGAUGUUCAAGGCCCAGACUGGCACCUGAAGAUGCCCAAGAUGAAAAUGCCUAAAUUCAGCAUGCCAGGCUUCAAAGGCCAGGGUCCAGAUGUGAACGUGAACCUGCCCAAGGCUGACAUUGACAUCUCUGGGCCAAAGGUGGACAUCGAAGCCCCAGAUGUGAGCCUUGAGGGGCCUGAAGGAAAGCUCAAGGGUCCUAAGUUUAAGAUGCCCGAGAUGCACUUCAAGGCUCCCAAGAUCUCCAUGCCUGAUGUGGACUUAAACUUGAAGGGCCCUAAAGUCAAAGGGGAUGUGGAUGUGUCUGUGCCCAAGAUAGAAGGUGAAAUGAAAGUGCCAGAUGUGGACAUCAAAGGUCCCAAAGUGGACAUUGAUGUCCCUGAUGUGGACGUUCAAGGCCCUGACUGGCACCUGAAGAUGCCCAAGAUGAAAAUGCCUAAAUUUAGUGUGCCUGGCUUCAAAGGAGAAGGCCCUGAGGUGGAUGUGAACCUGCCCAAGGCUGACAUUGAUAUCUCUGGCCCCAAGGUGGACAUUGAAGGCCCAGAUGUUAACCUUGAAGGACCAGAUGGAAAGUUGAAAGGUCCUAAGUUCAAGAUGCCAGAGAUGAACAUCAAAGCCCCCAAGAUCUCCAUGCCUGACUUUGAUUUACACCUGAAAAGUCCCAAGGUGAAAGGAGAUGUGGAUGUUUCUCUGCCUAAGGUGGAAGGUGACCUAGAGGCCCCUGAAGUUGACAUCAAAGGCCCCAAAGUGGAUGUUGCUGUCCCAGAUGUGGACGUUCACGGCCCAGACUGGCACCUGAAGAUGCCCAAGAUGAAAAUGCCCAAGUUCAGCAUGCCUGGCUUCAAAGGAGAGGGCCCAGAAGUGGAUGUGAACCUGCCUAAAGCUGAGAUUGAUAUCUCUGGACCCAAGGUGGAUAUUGAAGGCCCUGAUGUGAGCCUUGAAGGUCCUGAAGGGAAGCUCAAGGGUCCUAAGUUCAAGAUGCCAGAGAUGAACAUCAAAGCCCCCAAGAUCUCCAUGCCUGACUUUGAUCUACACCUGAAAGGCCCUAAGGUGAAAGGAGAUGUGGAUGUUUCUCUGCCUAAGGUGGAAGGUGACCUAAAGGCUCCUGAUGUUGACAUCAAAGGCCCGAAAGUGGACAUUGAUGUCCCAGAUGUGGACGUUCAUGGCCCAGACUGGCAGCUGAAGAUGCCCAAGAUGAAAAUGCCCAAGAUUAGCAUGCCUGGCUUCAAAGGAGAAGGCCCAGAUGUGGAUGUGAACUUGCCCAAAGCCGACAUUGAUGUCUCGGGACCCAAAGUGGACAUUGAAGGCCCUGAUGUUCAUCUUGAAGGACCAGAAGGAAAGUGGAAAAGCCCAAAGUUUAAAAUGCCUGAAAUGCAUUUUAAAACUCCAAAGAUAUCCAUGCCAGAUAUUGAUCUUAAUCUGACAGGUCCAAAGAUAAAAGGUGAUGUGGAUGUCACAUGCCCCAAGGUAGAGGGAGAUUUUAAAGGACCUGAAAUUGACCUCAAAGGUCCCAAAGUAGACAUUGAUGUCCCUGAUGUAGAUGUUCAAGGCCCAGACUGGCACCUGAAGAUGCCCAAGAUGAAAAUGCCCAAGUUCAGCAUGCCUGGCUUCAAAGGAGAGGGCCCGGAAGUGGAUGUGAAUCUGCCCAAGGCUGACAUUGAUGUGUCAGCACCCAAGGUGGACAUUGAAGGCCCUGAUAUUAACCUUGAAGGACCAGAAGGAAAGGUGAAAGGCCCUAAAUUCAAGAUGCCAGAGAUGAACAUCAAAGCCCCCAAGAUCUCCAUGCCUGACUUUGAUUUACACCUGAAAGGUCCCAAGGUGAAAGGAGAUAUGGAUGUUUCUCUGCCUAAGGUGGAAGGUGACUUAAAGGCCCCUGAAGUUGACAUCAAAGGCCCCAAAGUGGAUGUUGCUGUCCCAGAUGUGGACGUUCACGGCCCAGACUGGCACCUGAAGAUGCCCAAGAUGAAAAUGCCCAAGUUCAGCAUGCCUGGCUUCAAAGGAGAGGGCCCAGAAGUGGAUGUGAACCUGCCUAAAGCUGAUAUUGACAUCUCAGGACCCAAAGUGGACAUUGAAGGCCCUGAUGUGAGCCUUGAAGGUCCUGAAGGGAAGCUCAAGGGUCCUAAGUUCAAGAUGCCAGAGAUGAACAUCAAAGCCCCCAAGAUCUCCAUGCCUGACAUUGAUCUUAACCUGAAGGGCCCCAAAGUGAAGGCAGAUGUUGAUGUGUCUUUACCAAAAGUUGAAGGUGAGAUGAAAGUUCCUGAAGUGGAUAUUAAAGGCCCCAAGGUGGACGUUGAUGUCCCAGAUGUGGAUGUUCAUGGCCCUGACUGGCACCUGAAGAUGCCCAAGAUAAAAAUGCCCAAGAUGAGCAUCCCUGGCUUCAAAGGAGAAGGCCCAGAAGUGGAUGUGAACCUGCCCAAGGCUGAUAUAGAUGUCUCUGGACCCAAGAUGGACAUUAAUGUUCCAGAUGUGAACAUUGAAGGUCCAGAUGCUAAACUGAAGGGUCCCAAGUUCAAGAUGCCAGAAAUGAAUAUUAAAGCUCCUAAGAUCUCCAUGCCAGAUCUGGACCUUAAUCUUAAAGGCCCUAAAGUGAAAGGAGAGGUGGAUGUUUCACUUCCAAAUGUAGAAGGUGAUUUGAAAGGGCCUUCUCUUGACAUCAAAGGGCCAAAGAUGGAUGUAGAUGCACCUGAUAUUGAAAUUCAUGGCCCAGAAGGCAAAUUAAAAGGUCCAAAGCUGAAGAUGCCUGACAUGCAUGGAAACAUGCCUAAGAUCUCCAUGCCAGAAAUUGACCUGAAUUUGAAGGGCUCAAAACUUAAGGGAGAUGUUGAUGUUUCUGGGCCCAAAUUGGAAGGUGAUAUUAAAGCUCCCAAGUUGGAUAUAAAGGGCCCAGAAGUGGACAUUUCUGGUCCUAAGCUGAAUAUUGAAGGCAAGUCAAAGAAAUCACGUUUUAAGCUUCCCAAAUUUAAUUUUUCGGGCUCCAAAGUUCAGACACCUGAGGUAGAUGUCAAGGUCAAAAAGCCAGAUCUUGAUGUAACAGGUCCAAAAGUUGACAUUAAUGCUCCUGAUGUUGAGGUCCAAGGAAAGGUGAAAGGACCCAAGUUCAAAAUGCCUUUCCUAAGUAUUUCAUCUCCUAAAGUGUCAAUGCCUGAUGUGGAGUUAAAUCUGAAAGGUCCUAAAGUCAAAGGAGACUUAGAUGUUGCAGGUCCUAAUUUAGAAGGUGAACUUAAAGGACCCAAAGUGGAUAUUAAGCCACCAGAAAUUCAUCUGGAUGCACCUGAUGUGGAUGUUCAUGGUCCAGACUGGAAUUUAAAAAUGCCCAAGAUGAAAAUGCCCAAGUUCAGCGUGCCUGGGUUAAAAGCAGAAGGACCAGAUAUGGCUGUGGAUCUGCCGAAAGGAGAUAUCAACAUAGAGGGUCCCAGAAUGGACAUUGAGGGCCCAGAAGUCAAAGUGGAAGGUCUAGACGGAGGCUUAAAAGGCCCCAAAUUCAAGAUGCCUGACAUAAAUAUCAAAGCUCCCAAGAUCUCUAUGCCUGAUGUUGAUUUAAACUUGAAGGGCCCCACGGUGAAAGGUGAUGUGGAUGUUUCUUUGCCCAAAGUUGAAGGUGACCUCAAGGGCCCUGAAGUUGACAUCAAGGGCCCCAAAGUGGACAUUGAUGUCCCAGAUGUGGACGUUCAUGGCCCAGACUGGCACCUGAAGAUGCCCAAGGUGAAAAUGCCCAAGUUCAGCAUGCCUGGCUUCAAAGGAGAGGGUCCAGAAGUGGAUGUGAACCUGCCCAAGGCCGACAUAGAUGUCUCAGGACCCAAGGUGGACAUUGAUGUUCCAGAUGUGAAUAUUGAAGGUCCAGAUGCAAAACUGAAGGGUCCCAAGUUCAAGAUGCCAGAGAUGAACAUCAAAGCUCCCAAGAUCUCCAUGCCUGACCUUGACUUAAAUCUGAAAGGACCCAAAGUAAAGGGAGAUGUGGAUGUUUCUCUGCCUAAGGUGGAAGGUGACCUCAAGGGCCCUGAAGUUGACAUCAAGGGCCCCAAAGUGGACAUUGAUGUCCCAGAUGUGAAUAUUGAAUGUCCAGAUGUGAAACUGAAGGGUCCCAAAUUCAAGAUGCCAGAGAUGAACAUCAAAGCUCCCAAGAUCUCCAUGCCUGACCUUGACUUUAAUCUGAAGGGUCCCAAACUGAAGGGUGAUGUGGAUGUAUCUUUGCCAAAAGUAGAAGGUGACCUCAAGGGUCCCGAGGUGGACAUCAAGGGUCCAAAAGUAGAUGUUGAAACUCCUGAUAUUAACAUUGAAGGUUCAGAGGGUAAAUUGAAGGGGCCCAAAUUCAAGAUGCCAGAGAUGCACCUAAAGGCUCCCAAGAUCUCCAUGCCUGACAUUGACUUAAACCUGAAAGGACCCAAAGUAAAGGGGGAUGUGGAUAUUUCUCUGCCUAAGGUGGAAGGUGAUCUCAAGGGCCCUGAAGUUGACAUCAAAGGCCCCAAAGUGGACAUUGAUGCUCCAGAUGUGGACGUUCAAGGCCCAGACUGGCACCUGAAGAUGCCCAAGAUAAAAAUGCCCAAGAUCAGCAUGCCUGGCUUCAAAGGAGAGGGCCUGGAAGUGGAUGUGAACCUUCCCAAGGCUGACAUUGAUGUGUCAGCACCCAAGGUGGACAUUGAAGGCCCUGAUGUUAACCUUGAAGGACCAGAUGGAAAGUUGAAAGGUCCUAAGUUCAAGAUGCCAGAGAUGAACAUCAAAGCCCCCAAGAUCUCCAUGCCUGACUUUGAUUUACACCUGAAAGGCCCUAAGGUGAAAGGAGAUGUGGAUGUUUCUCUGCCUAAGGUGGAAGGUGACCUAAAGGCCCCUGAAGUUGACAUCAAAGGCCCCAAAGUGGACAUUGAUGCUCCAGAUGUGAACGUUCAUGGCCCAGACUGGCACCUGAAGAUGCCCAAGAUAAAAAUGCCCAAGAUUAGCAUGCCUGGCUUCAAAGGAGAGGGUCCAGAAGUGGAUGUGAACCUGCCUAAAGCUGACAUUGACAUAUCAGGUCCCAAGGUGGACAUAGACACUCCCGACAUUGAUAUUCAUGGUCCAGAAGGAAAACUGAAGGGUCCCAAGUUUAAAAUGCCUGACCUGCACCUCAAGGCACCCAAGAUCUCCAUGCCUGAAGUUGACCUGAAUCUGAAGGGCCCCAAGGUAAAGGGUGAUGUGGACGUCUCUCUGCCCAAAGUUGAAGGUGACCUAGAGGCCCCUGAAGUUGACAUCAAAGGCCCCAAAGUGGAUGUUGCUGUCCCAGAUGUGGACGUUCACGGCCCAGACUGGCACCUGAAGAUGCCCAAGGUGAAAAUGCCCAAGUUCAGCAUGCCUGGCUUCAAAGGAGAGGGCCCAGAAGUGGAUGUGAACCUGCCCAAGGCCGACAUAGAUGUCUCAGGACCCAAGGUGGACAUUGAUGUUCCAGAUGUGAACAUUGAAGGUCCAGAUGCAAAACUGAAGGGUCCCAAGUUCAAGAUGCCAGAGAUGAACAUCAAAGCUCCCAAGAUCUCCAUGCCUGACCUUGACUUAAAUCUGAAGGGACCCAAAGUAAAGGGAGACGUGGACAUUUCUCUGCCUAAGGUGGAAGGUGACCUCAAGGGCCCUGAAGUUGACAUCAAGGGCCCCAAAGUGGACAUUGAUGUCCCAGAUGCGGAUGUUCAUGGCCCAGACUGGCACCUGAAGAUGCCCAAGGUGAAAAUGCCCAAGUUCAGCAUGCCUGGCUUCAAGGGAGAGGGCCCAGAAGUGGAUGUGAACCUGCCCAAGACCGACAUAGAUGUCUCAGGACCCAAGGUGGACAUUGAUGUUCCAGAUGUGAACAUUGAAGGUCCAGAUGCAAAACUGAAGGGUCCCAAGUUCAAGAUGCCAGAGAUGAACAUCAAAGCUCCCAAGAUCUCCAUGCCUGACCUUGACUUCAACCUGAAGGGUCCCAAAAUGAAGGGUGAUGUUGAUAUCUCUCUGCCCAAAGUUGAGGGUGAUCUCAAGGCCCCUGAGGUGGACAUCAAAGGCCCCAAACUGGAUAUUGAUGCUCCUGAUAUUAGUAUUGAAAGCCCAGAAGGAAAACUGAAGGGGCCUAAAUUUAAGAUGCCAGAGAUUAACAUUAAAGCCCCGAAGAUCUCCAUGCCUGACUUUGACUUAAAUCUGAAAGGGCCAAACGUAAAGGGUGAUGUGGAUGUUUCACUGCCUAAGGUAGAAGGCGAUCUGAAAGGGCCAGAGGUGGACAUUGAAGGUCCUGAAGGGAAGCUCAAAGGACCCAGAUUUAAGAUGCCUGAUGUCCACUUCAAAACCCCACAAAUCUCCAUGAGUGACAUUGAUUUGAACUUGAAAGGACCUAAGAUAAAAGGAGAUUUGGAUACUUCCAUCCCUAAAUUAGAAGGAGAUCUGAAAGGCCCAAAAAUAGAUGUUAAAGGCCCUACGCUGGACAUAGAUACUCCUGACAUUGACAUUCAUGGUCCAGAAGGAAAACUGAAGGGUCCCAAGUUUAAAAUGCCUGACCUGCACCUCAAGGCACCCAAGAUCUCCAUGCCUGAAGUUGACCUGAAUCUGAAGGGCCCCAAGGUAAAGGGUGAUGUGGACGUCUCUCUGCCCAAAGUUGAAGGUGACCUCAAGGGCCCUGAAGUUGACAUCAAAGGCCCGAAAGUGGACAUUGAUGUCCCAGAUGUGGACGUUCAUGGCCCAGACUGGCACCUGAAGAUGCCCAAGGUGAAAAUGCCCAAGUUCAGCAUGCCUGGCUUCAAAGGAGAGGGCCCAGAAGUGGAUGUGAACCUGCCCAAGGCCGACAUAGAUGUCUCAGGACCCAAGGUGGACAUUGAUGUUCCAGAUGUGAACAUUGAAGGUCCAGAUGCAAAACUGAAGGGCCCCAAGUUCAAGAUGCCAGAGAUGAACAUCAAAGCUCCCAAGAUCUCCAUGCCUGACCUUGACUUAAAUCUGAAAGGACCCAAAGUAAAGGGAGAUGUGGAUGUUUCUCUGCCUAAGGUGGAAGGUGACCUCAAGGGCCCUGAAGUUGACAUCAAGGGCCCCAAAGUGGACAUUGAUGUCCCAGAUGCGGAUGUUCAUGGCCCAGACUGGCACCUGAAGAUGCCCAAGGUGAAAAUGCCCAAGUUCAGCAUGCCUGGCUUCAAGGGAGAGGGCCCAGAAGUGGAUGUGAACCUGCCCAAGACCGACAUAGAUGUCUCAGGACCCAAGGUGGACAUUGAUGUUCCAGAUGUGAACAUUGAAGGUCCAGAUGCAAAACUGAAGGGCCCCAAGUUCAAGAUGCCAGAGAUAAAUAUCAAAGCUCCCAAGAUCUCCAUGCCUGAUGUUGACCUGGAUUUGAAAGGAUCCUUAGGCAAGGGUGAUUUUGAUGUAUCUGUUCCUAAGAUUGAAGGGACUUUCAAAGGCCCAGAAGUAGACCUUAAAGGUCCAGGUCUAGAUGUUGAAGGCCCUGAUGCCAAACUCAGUGGCCCACGUUUGAAGAUGCCAUCACUGGAUAUUUCUGCUCCUAAAGUAACUGCUCCUGACAUUGAUUUGCAUCUCAAGACACCCAAAAUUGGAAUUUCUGGUCCCAAAUUAGAAGGUGGUGAACUGGACCUCAAGGGACCCAAAGUUGAUUUAGAAGCUCCAAGCUUAGAUGUACACAUGGAGAGCCCAGAUGUUAACAUUGAAGGGCCAGAUGUAAAAAUUCCCAAAUUUAAGAAACCCAAGUUUGGGUUUGGGGCAAAAAGCCCCAAAGCUGACUUCAAGUCACCUACACUUGAUGUCACAGUUCCUGAGGCAGAGCUGAACGUUGAGGCUCCUGAAAUUAGUGUUGGUGGCAAGGGCAAGAAAAGUAAGUUUAAAAUGCCAAAAAUUCACAUGAGUGGGCCUAAAAUGAAGGCCAAGAAGCAAGGAUUUGAUUUGAAUGCUCCUGGGGGUGAAAUUGAUGCCAGUCUCAAGUCUCCUGACAUAGAUGUCAAUGUUGCGGGGCCCGACGCCUCACUGAAAGUUGACGUGAAAUCUCCCAAGACCAAGAAACCUAUGUUUGGGAAAAUGUACUUCCCAGAUGUAGAAUUUGACAUUAAAUCUUCUAAAUUUAAAGCUGAGGCAUCUCUCCCUAGCCCCAAAAUGGGAGGUGAAAUCCAGGUGCCUGAUCUGGAUAUUUCUUCACCAGGGAUUAAUGUGGAAGGUCCUGACAUCAAGCUGAAGGCUCCCAAGAUCAAGGCACCAGGUGUCGAUGUCUCAGGGCCAAAGAUAGAGGGCGACUUGAAAGGCCCCAGGGUGCAGGCAAACCUGGAUGCACCUGACAUCAGCAUUGAAGGCCCAGAUGCUAAAGUCAAAGCACCAUCAUUCGGCAUUUCUGCCCCUCAAGUAUCCAUCCCUGAUGUGAAUGUUAGCAUGAAAGGACCAAAGAUAAAGGGUGAUGUCCCCAGUGUGGGACUGCAAGGACCGGAUGUAGAUCUGCAAGGUCCGGAAUCGAAAAUUAAGUUCCCUAAGUUUUCGAUGCCCAAGAUCGGCAUCCCUGGUGUGAAAGUGGAUGGUGGGGGAGCUGAGGUCCAGCUACCCUCUCUUGAAGGAGGCUUGAGCACACCAGAUGUCAAGCUUGAAGGGCCUGAUGUGUCUCUCAAGGGGCCAAAAGUAGACUUGCCAUCAGUGAACCUCUCUACGCCAAAAAUCUCUGGACCUGACCUUGACCUGAACUUGAAAGGACCAAGUUUGAAGGGAGAUCUGGAUGUAUCUGUUCCCAGCAUGACGGUGCAUGCCCCCGGGCUUGACCUCAGAGGUGCCGGUGGAAAGGUGAAGGUAGAAGGUGACGGAGUGAAGGUGCCUGGAAUCGAUGCCACAGCAGCCCUUGACACUGGUGUGCCGGAUGUGACCCUGAAAGGACCAAGCCUGCAGGGCGACCUGGCCGUCUCUGGUGACAUCAAGUGUCCCUCGGUAUCAGUAGGUGCUCCUGAUCUAAGCUUGGAGUCACCUGAGGGUGGUAUUAAACUUCCCAAGAUGAAGCUGCCCCAGUUUGGCAUCUCCGCUCCAGGGUCUGACGUGGACAUCAACGUCAAGGGGCCACAGGUGACUGGAGAACUCAAGGGGCCUGGCAUGGACGUGAACCUCGGAGGCCUGAACCUGAAAGGGCCUCAGAUCUCUGGCCCUCAAAUCUCAGCGCCAGAUGUGGACUUGAACUUGGAAGGACCAAAAAUAAAAGGCAGCCUCGGGGCCAGUGGUGAGAUGAAAGGCCCCACGGUUGGUCUUCCGGGCAUCAGUGUUCAAGGCCUGGAAGGAAACCUCCAAAUGCCUGGAAUGAAGUCAUCUGGAUGUGAUGUGGCGCUGCCAGGUGUGAAUGUGAAACUCCCAACUGGGCAGAUUUCUGGUCCUGAAAUCAAAGGUGACCUGAAAGGUUCAGGGAUAGGUUUCCGUGGAGCUGCUCCCGACAUUGGCGUGAAAGGGCCUUCACUGAACGUGGCAUCUCCUGAGUCAGAUUUUGGUAUCAGCUUGAAGGGCCCGAAAAUCAAAGGAGGCGUGGAUGUUUCAGGGGGUGUCAAUGCCCCAGAUAUCAGCCUAGGAGAAGGGCACGUGAGUGUCAAAGGUUCUGGCGGGGAGUGGAAAGGACCCCAGGUCUCCUCUGCUCUCAACCUGGAUGCACCCACGUUUGCUGGAGGACUUCAUUUCUCAGGACCAAAGGUAGAAGGAGGUGUCAAAGGAGGCCAGGUUGGACUUCAGGGUCCUGGACUGAGCAUGUCUGGGCCUCAAGGUCACUUGGAAAGUGGAUCUGGAAAAGUAACAUUCCCCAAGAUGAAGAUCCCCAAGUUCACCUUCUCUGGCCGGGAGCUGGUGGGCAGAGAAGUGGGGGUGGAUAUUAACUUCCCUAAAGUGGAGGCCAGUGUCCAGUCUGGUGCCGGAGAGGGCGAGUGGGAAGAAUCCGACGUAAAACUUAAAAAGUCCAAAAUCAAGAUGCCCAAGUUCACCUUCUCCAAACCUAAAGGGAAAGCUGGCGUCGCCGGCUCACCAGAAGCGUCUGUUUCAGGGUCCAAAGGUGACCUGAAGAGCUCCAAGGCCAGUCUGGGUUCCCUGGAAGGCGAGGCCGAGGUCGACACGUCUUCACCCAAAGGCAAAUUCUCCUUAUUCAAAAGCAAGAAGCCAAGCCACCGCUCAAAUUCCUUCAGUGACGAAAGGGAGCACUCUGCCCCUACCACCCCCACGGGGACUUUGGAGUUCGAGGGUGGGGAGGUGGCGCUGGAAGGCGGGAAAGUCAAAGGGAAACACGGCAAGCUGAAAUUUGGUACCUUUGGUGGAUUGGGGUCAAAGAGCAAAGGUCAUUAUGAGGUGACUGGGAGCGAUGAUGAGGCAGGCAAGUUACAGGGGAGUGGAGUGUCCUCGUCCUCUAAGAAGUCCCGACUGUCAUCUUCUUCUAGCAAUGACAGUGGGACUAAGGUUGGCGUCCAGCUUCCCGAGGUGGAGCUGACAGUUUCCACAAAGAAAGAGUAGCCGGCCUCUGUGUGUGUAUAUAUCUGUAUAGAACUCCAUCAGCCUUGGGUGUGUUUGUAUAUAAACUCCAAAGAGAAACACGCCAACAGCCUCAGCAACAAUGCAAAGAUCUGGCCUCUGCCAGGGGCAAGUGCUGAAAAGCCAGCUGCCUUUAGGCUCCUCCCGGAGCUUUACAGAUAGGUUCCAAGUUCUUCGUCCAGCCCACGUGCAAAAUCAGCAGUAUUUGCCUUCAGAUUUCAGUUUUUUGUUUUGUUUUCUUUUUUGCAUUGAAUGCUGAGAGCUCCUGUUUACUAAGCCAGCUUUUGUGUUUAUUAUCUUCGUUUUUACUGAACAUUGUUAGUGUUGGGGUCAUGGAAACCCACUUUUUUCAUUGUAAUGACUUGGGAGCUUUUGUUAGUAAGGGUGGGGUGGGGUAGAAGGCAGUAGAGGGGGGCCAGACCUUUUUCUCCUACAAUUGGGUCUACUCAAGCAGCAAACACCCAAAGAUGGCUGAGAGGAGCCGGCCGGCUGGGUGUGUGGGUGUUUGUAGAACUGUGUAUCAUUGCUUUUUGUUUCCCCAGGGGUGGCGGUCAGUCCCAGCCUGUAUGGUGCUCACGGGGGAGAGGGAAUUAGAAUCUUUGUAAAUUAGGCCACCUACCCACUCGCUCCACAUGAGAGCCUUCCAUUCUGUGUGUUGUAAGGGAAAUGUUUUCUUUGUGAUCGCCACGUUCCUGAUACUAGUUCUGAUUUCCUUUAACAAAUGUUAUUGUGAUUAAGAAAAUUUCCAGCACUUUAAUGGCAAAUUAAUUGAGAAUGUAAGAAAAUUGAUGCUGUCAAGGGCAAAUAAAGCUGUUUAUUAA